AUGGUUGAUGGUCAUGCUCACUCUGAACUUGAUAAUUUUGAACCGUGCAAAUUCAAAGUAGAAAGUAUCGAAUAUUAUAGUGCUGAAAAUUAUUAUCAAUGUCAGAAGACAACCACACCUGAGGAUCAUGAAAAAGUUCGAAAAUCUGGUUGUGGUGCCGAUGUGUGGCGUGUCGGAUCACACGUUAAAAUUAAACCUAAUUGGGAGUCAAUAAAAGUGAACCAAAUGUACUUAGGUAAUAAGGCAAAAUUUGAACAAAAUGAGCAUAUAGCAAAACAAUUGUGUGCAACAAAGGGCAAAAUUACAUUUCGUGGUUCAACUGCAUUUUGGAACGAAUGGAACGCUGCAAUUAUGGAAAGAAUUCGAGCAGAAAUGAGACAAUCAGGAGAGGAGGAUACAAAGACGAUUGAAAGAAUUACAAAAGCCAUGAGUCAAUAUGAGAAAGAACAUUAA